ACUAUUUCGUGGUCAUCUGCAUCUUCGAGUUUCAAAAAUUUGGAAUGGGCCACAUUCGAAUUCCUAGACUAUGACUAUCCCAUCUAUGUGGCCAAAAAUUUGGAAUGGGCCGCAUUCAAAUUCGAG